CGUGAGUACUCCAGAGGAAGAAAAUAAAAAAUGGAAUAGCUGCGAUGAGAUGAUGAAGAAGAAGAAGAGCCUAGUCUCAUGACUCUCAUCGUCUCUUCUCUUCUCAAAUCUCGGUGGAAUCUUAAGAGUAUUUGAUACCUCUCUUCAACCCCUUCUCGUAGUCUGUAGACACGUCCUUCAUCAUCUCCCAUGGCCAUGUCUCAGCAGCAUCAAUUCCAACGGCAACAGCAUCAAUCGAAAUCAUUCAGGAACUUAUUACCUAUCGAUGGGCAGAUGAACACACCGAUCGCCUUCUUCAAUCCUGCAAAUUUUUCCGAUCAAUCUCAUCCCCAAUACAUCCCUCCUUUUCAUGUAGUCGGAUUCGCUCCUGGUCCGGUACCUGCGACGGAUUGCGGUGGAGGCGAUCUGCGGUGGAAUGAUUGUUCCCAACCAAAUAAGAAAAAAUUGAAAGAGCAAGACUUUUUGGAGAACAAUUCCCAAAUUUCCUCCGUUGAUUUCCUGCAAAGGCGAUCUGUUUCGACGGGAUUAGGGUUGUCCCUCGACGAUAGGCGUAUGGCUUCUUCGGGAGACUCGCCGGGUUUCUCCCUCCUCGAUGACGAGAUCGAAAGGGAGUUGCAGAGACAGGAUGCCGAGUUGGAUCGAUUCGUCAAACUUCAGGGAGAACGGUUGAAGCAAGCGAUCCUAGAGAAGGUUCAGGCCAAUCAACUCCAGACUCUCUCAUUUGCCGAAGAAAGGAUCCUUCAAAAGCUCCGUGAGAAAGAAGCAGAGAUGGAAGACAUUAACAGGAAGAAUAUGGAACUUGAAGAACGAAUGAAACAGCUGAGUGUAGAAGCUGGUUCUUGGCAACAGAGGGCCAAGUGCAAUGAGCACAUGAUCACCACUCUCAAGUUUAAUCUCCAACAAGUCUUUGCACAGAGCAGAGACAGCAAGGAAGGGUGUGGAGACAGUGAGGUUGAUGAUACGGCUUCUUGCUGCAAUGGAGGGGCUAUUGAUUUUAACCUGGUUACCAAGGAAAACAAGGAUUUGAAGGAGUUAAUGACUUGUAAGGUUUGCAGGGUCAACGAAGUAUGCAUACUUUUGUUGCCUUGCAGGCAUUUAUGCCUCUGUAAAGAUUGUGAGAGUAAGCUUAACUUCUGUCCCUUGUGUCACUACUCAAAGCUUUACAGCAUGGAGGUCUAUAUGUAAUGAGACGGCUUGGAUAUCAUUUUCUUGAUUACUCUCUCAGAUUCAGAUCCUCUCCAGCCCCUCCAGCACACACCCGGCUGAGAGGACUAGCAGGGACCAGCAAAAGGCCCUCCAGCCAUCAGAUGCCGCUGAAGGGCGAGUUACGCUUGCAGUAAUGUGUUUUCUGCUUUCCAGUUGUGGUUACCCAAGUGGGAGGAAAUGGAAUGUCCUAUUUGAAAUAGCUUUCGUCUUGAACUCCCAAAAGAAAAAUAAAGCAACUCCCCUUUAUC